AUGGUGUUCGCCUUGGUGAUGGCAAGUAGGAAGUUGAAGCCGUCUUUUCAGGCGCAUCAAAUCAUCGUCCUAACCGGACAACCUAUCAGGAAGCUAAUUGAAAGCAGGAAUCACUCGACCCGAAUGACCGAGUGGGCGGACCAGCUGGCCGACUACGGGUUGGAAUAUGAGCCGCGUCGGGCAAUCAAGGCCCAAGCCCUCGCAGAUUUCAUCAGCGAAUGUUGCUCCCGUCCGGAGGACAUCGAAAUAAGGGAGUCGUGGGAAUUACAAGUAGAUGGUUCUGCGACCAAGUCGGGAAGUGGAGCUGGACUGGUCAUCAUACCCUCUAUCGGGGACAAAAUGGAAUAUGCAGUGAAGUUUGACUUCCUUGCCUCAAACAACAAGGCCGAGUAUGAAGCACUGAUUCUAGGCCUACAAAUUUGUAUCACCUCGGGAGCCCAGAACAUACUGGCAAAAUCCGACUCCCAACUAAUAGUGGGGCAGGUCUCGGGGGAGUAUGAAGCUAAGGAAGACAAUAUGAGGAUGUACCUUAACAAGACCCAACAACUAAUUCAGAAGCUAACUUCAUUCAAAAUCCAGCAUUUCCCCCGGUCCGAGAACCAACAGGCUGAUGCCCUGGCUCGUAUGGCUAGCUCAGCAGAAGGGUUAGCCCCCCGCAGCAUAAUUUGGGAAGUCCUUGAGCAACCAAGCAUCAACUCUUUGGAAGUGCACACUUUGAACCGCACCGACACCUGGAUGGCAGAAAUCAUAGGGUAUCUUCGGGACGGAUUCUUGCCCAUAGAUGAGAAAGAGGCUGAAGCCCUUAAAAAGAAGGCGGGAUGGUUUCUCUGGUAUGAAGGCGACUUGUAUAAAAAAUCUUACACGCACCCGUUGCUAAAAUGCGUCACUCCAUUCGAAGGGAACUAUAUUCUAAGGGAAAUCCAUGAAGGGGCUUGCAGCAGCCAUCAGGGGGCCAGGACAAUAGCUGGGAAAGCUCUAAGGGCGGGGUACUAUUGGCCCACCCUAAAACAUGAUGCAGAGGUCCUGGUCAGGAAGUGCCCUAAUUGCCAACUUCAUGGAGAUAUACCUCGGGCCCCAACCAAUCAACUAACCACCAUCCAAGCUGUUCUUCCAUUUGACAAAUGGGGAAUGGACCUCAUAGGUCCCUUUCCAGCGGCCUCGGGGCAAAGGAGGUUUCUCUUGGUAGCCAUCGACUAUUUCACGAAAUGGGUCGAGGCGGAACCACUGGCCUCCAUAACAGACAAGCAAGUGCAAACUUCAUAUGGAGAAACAUCAUCACCCGGUUCGGGGUUCCCAAGACUCUCAUCUCAGAUAAUGGAAGGCAAUUUAACAGUGGGCCAACUCGGGAAUACUGCUCCAGGUUCGGCAUUAGAACAAGGUUCUCAGCAGUGUCCCGACCCCAGACAAAUGGUCAAGCAGAGGCUGCAAACAAAGUUGUGCUGA